AUGGCAGAAACCAUCUCUCAUGAUCGAAUGAAUAGAUUCAAGCAGUUACGUGAUUAUAUGAGAAAAAUUAAUCUUUUCGACGAUGCAGAAAUCACAUCUGUUAUCGAUCAGUUACUUGCAACAAGAAUUGUUAUUUUUCUAAUGACUACAGCUCUCAUUAGUAUGAUUACUUGGGCUAGUUUAGCUAUUCAGACACAUUCUGUCACUAUUCAGUCACCAUCUGAAACUAUUUUCAAACAACUAUCUGUUAAUUAUUCAAGUACACUUUCAUGUCGAUGUACACAAACAUCGAUUCAUCAUCGUCAAUUUCUUUCGUUUCAUCCACAAUAUCAUCCAAUAUGUACAAGUCAAUUUAUUAAUCAUUCAUUUAUUUCAGCUUUAUCUAACAUGAACAUCAAUGAAUAUUAUAUGCAGGAUUAUCGCAUUACAGUGUCAUCUCAUUUCCAGCUACUUGCACUACUUUGUGAAACAAUAAAACAAAUGAUAGAUGAUUCAUUAUUUAUUUUUAAUUCUAAAUACUUUACUACCACUCAAGUUUUGUCUAUUGAAAAGUUUGAGGCACAGAUUGAUCAACUUAUGAAACAGCUAAAAUCAACAAUAAUGACUGAUAUGAAACAUACAAGUGACUAUCUUGGAUUAAUUAUUUUUCAAAAUCGCAUUUAUUCAGCAUUGCGUACAAACCAUUUUAUUCGAUAUAUUCCUAUUUCUGAUACAUACUUUCACUUUCCAAAUGAAUACAACAGUUUGGGUGCUAAGUGCUCUUGUGACACAAACGGUGCUUGUAUGAGCCAAGCUGAAUUAUACAAUUUCCAAGGAUACUCAAUAAGCAAUUCCUCAACUGCAGAUAAAUAUGUGUUUGCUUUCUAUAUAAGCCGAAUACUCACUAUUCCCGGUAUGAUGGUUGGUUGUUCACCAUAUAGUUCAUUACUUCAAUCAUCACUUGCAUGUUUCUAUAGUCAAUCAUGUAUUCAGCGAAUUCAAAUAUUUAUCCAUGGUUUCUCAUUAGUUUCACCACUUUCAUCAUCUCAUUUUCAGCUAGAUGCAACAGUUGAACAUCUCUUGAAUGAAUUAUUUAUUGAAUCAUGGAAUGAAAAAAGAAAUUUUAGUGCUUAUUUUGACAUAUGUUCUCCACUUUCAUGUACUCAUACAUAUGAUCGACGAUUCAAUCUUCUUCAUAUAAUUGUGACCAUUAUUAGUCUUUUUGGUGGUGUACAGAUGACUGUAUUUCUGAUUGCUCCAUUUAUCGUUAAGAUUAUACGACGAUGUCAAAAGUGUAAACGUCAGUGUAAUAAAAGUGAUAAUCUAUCAACUGAAACUGAACUCGAAAUAAAUUCCAGUCAAAGUUUGAAAGAUCGUUUCGUGUCUUUUGUGAAUAAAAUGAAGAAGAAACUACUUACAUUAAAUAUGUUUCCAUACUUAUCUGACAUUACUGACGGGAUUUAUUCUACACGUGUCUAUCUGCUAUCAUUUGUUGUUGGAAUAACUAUUUUAGUAUUUUAUGCAUCAAUCUCUGUUCAAAUACGAAGUAUCACUGUAUAUCAACCAUCAUUAAAUAAAUAUGAACAAUUGUAUAAACAAUAUUCACGAACACUUGUGUGUCCAUGUACUCGUCUUUCUGUCUCAUAUUCAUCAAUCAUAGCUAUAGUGCCUCAUUAUCAUCAAGUGUGCUCAAGUGAUUUCAUCAAAGAUGAUGUCUGGUUGCUCUAUUUUACAGGACAUUUUCCUUUUCUUAAUAAUUUUGAUUUCCGUUUUAUGGGUAUGGGAUGGUUUUCCUUACUUCAAACAUUAUGUCGAAUGUCAAAUGAGACUGUGACAAAUGAACUAUUUGUCUUUAAUGAUAUGCAAUUUAUUAGUAGUCAAGUAGUGCCAAAUGAUUUAUUCGACAUACAAGCUUCUGCACUGAUUCAUCAAUUUCAACAGCAGACUGUCGAUUCUUUUCUUGGCCUAUUUGAACUUGUUCGCGCUUUGAUUCAACUGAACCAAUUUGCUGUUGUGCGCAACACGAAUGCUCGAAUAUAUCAUUCGAAUACUGCUAAUAAUAAAACGCAUUAUUUCCAAUCAACAACAAGUUAUGACAACGACUGCUCAUGUGGCAAAAGUACCUCUUGUACACGUCCUCAAGGAUUUUAUUGUAUGGAAAUAAAUUGUAAAACAUACUUAAGUAAACCAAAUGAAACGAUUUCUGGUAUGGUGCUAAGUUGCCUACCUGUUGAUUCACUUCUUUCGUCGUCACUUCAAUGUUUCUACAAUGCAUCAUGUCUAAAAAUGAUAAUUAGAGAGCGUUCAUUUCGAAUUAACGUUUCAAAGAUAGAUCCACGUGCUGCCAAUAUUACUCCACUCAAUCCUAAAUCUGAUCGUCGCUCUUCACCUAACACUACAUUGGAUAACAUUGUUUCCCAGUUAUUUAUUGAAGAUUGGACAAACACAACUAAUUUUAGUUCAUAUUAUCAUCAAUGUGCACCAGAUCAAUGUACUUAUACUUAUGAACAACGUUUCAAUCGAGUUUAUAUUAUUGGAACUGUAUUUGAGAUAGUUGGUGGUCUAUCUGUUGCACUUAACUUAUUCAUUCCUCUUCUUGUAAUAUUACUCCGGCGAAUAUAUCAUAUUUGUCGCAGACGACGUUUGGUUGAAGUUCCAACUGAAGUCACUGUAGAAACAAGUAUUGGUCGGAAGCUGUCAUUACGAGUUGCUCGUAUUCAACAUUCUCUUCGAAAAAUGAACUUCUAUAAAAAAAUAUCAAAGAACUGUCCUUCAGAACAACUACAAACAGCAGAUCAAAUCUUAGUUAUACAACGUCAACAAAUAGCAACUCGGUUCUACAUUAUCUUCUUUCUCAUAGCACUAGUUGUGAUUAUACUAUUUAGUGCUAUUAAUUCACAACGACAUUCUAUUACGAUACCAACACCGACACUAUUCAUCUUUGAAUCUCUUCAAGAUCAAUACUCAUCAUCACUUUCAUGUCCGUGUUCACAAAUUACAAUACAAUAUGCAAAUUUUGUUACAGUUGAGUCAACAAAUUAUCAUCAAGUGUGUUUUAGUAAUUUUACUAAACCACAAUUUAUCAGUUUACUUUGGGGUUCAGAUGAAAAAAGUGCAUUUCACUUGGAUCUUGAUAGAAAAAUCCUAAGUACAGAAUUUCGGCUGUUAUCAAAAUUGUGUUCUCUUGCAAUGAAUACCACUGAGCAACAGAUUAAAAUGUUUUCUUCUCGAGAACUGAUAAGCGUGGAAGCAUUAACACAUCACUCAUUUCAAACUCAAAUCAAUUCGAUUAUCAAUAGUUUUAUUUAUGAAACACCAGCCAGGUUUCGAAGAAUACAUAAAUAUAUCAUAGAGAUGCUUCGUGUCAAUCAACUACAAAGUAUGUUCUUAACAAAUUGGAAUCUUCGUUCAUCAACUGCCGAAGAUGCAUAUUUGAUCUUAUCAAGUCCAGUACUAUACAAUGAAAGUGGUCAGUCUUGUUCUUGUGAUAUUAUGUCAACAUGCACGAGAUCCUUAUUGACGAAUUUGAAUAAAACAGAAAAUUUCUCAGGUCUUGUUAUUGGUUGUUUACCAGUUUAUGGUCUUCGUCUAUCAACACUUGAAUGUUUUUACAAUUCAACAUGCUUACAAAGAUUAGCUACUUUUCUUAACAGUUCAUAUGUUCUAUCACCUCUGAAUAUUUCAUUAUAUUCUCGUUUCAUACCAAUAUCAUCAACAACAGUUGGAACAUUGAUUGAUGAACUAUUUAUUGAAACAUGGUAUAAUACAAGUAAUUACUCGAGUUAUUUUUCAAGUUGUGCACCAUUAACAUGUCACUAUAGCUAUGAGAAAAGAAAUAGUAUAUUAUAUAUGAUAACAACAUAUGUGGGAUUAUUUGGUGGAUUAACUGUUGGAUUGAAAUAUGCUGUUUGGUAUGGUUUAUGUUUGUAUUGGAAAGUACAUCAGUUGUGUACUAAUGUUGGAGUUCGAGUUGAACCUGUGAAUAAUACUAAUUGA